GAAACGACAUUUUAUAUACCAAAACCAAAAUCACAAAUUACUCUCAUUUCUCUCUCUCUCUCUCUCUCGCUCACGCACUUCUUAUCUCUCUUUCUUCUGACUCUCACACUCAAAAAUGUCGUCAUCUCCACCGCCAUGGCCGAGCGUAUUCGGAGCUUCUGCAACUCCGAUGAGCUUCGGCACUCCGCCUCCAACCCACACGGUGUCGUCCCUUGGGAACAUCAGCCCGAGCAUCUUCAUCAUCAUCAUCAUCCUCGCCGUCACCGUCAUCGCCUCCGUCUCCCUGUGCUUCCUCCUCCGCCACCUCAACCGCCGUUGUCUCCGUCACCUCUCGCCGUUAUCGUCAUCCUCUUCUCCUUCCUCCUCCACCGCCGCCGCCGCCGUCGGAGACUCUCACCGCGCGAUCUCCAGCCGCCGCGUCUCGCCGGCGGAGAAUAACCAUAACUCCUCCCUCAUCGAGGCCCUCCCUCUCUUCGCCUUCGCCUCCGUCACUCGUCGCGGCGCUGCCACGUCGGCGAUCUUCGCCGCCGACUGCGCCGUCUGCCUUUCCAAAUUCGAGCCCGACGACCAGCUCCGCCUCCUCCCGCUCUGCUGCCACGCAUUCCACGCUCUCUGCGUCGACACGUGGCUGCAAUCGAACCAGACGUGUCCGCUCUGCCGAUCGCCGAUCUUCGUCUCCGACGCCGAAAUCCUCAAGAGCUUGGGAGAGAUCAAUCGCCGCGGCGACAACAGUGGAAGUUUCAGGCUGGAGAUCGGGAACGUCAGCCGCCGCCAAACGACGCCGUCCGACAGCAAUUUCUCCGGAGAUUUAGGGCGGCGAUCGCGGUCCUAUUCCAUUGGAUCCUUCGACUACCUUGUGGAGGAAGAUUCCGAGGUCGUCCUCACCAAUGCGCACCGGAGAACCAUUUCCGACUUCAAGGAACCUCCUCCUCCAGCGAGCAUUCCUGUGCCGGAGCCAAGUGUGGUGGCUGAGGUGGCGUCUUCGGGGAGGAGUUGGCUGAAAGAGUACGUGGAUAGGUUGUCCAUGUCGUUGUCUUCGCGAGCGAUGUCGUUUCGGAGUUCGGGGAGGUUUUUCAGUGGGAGCAGUCGCCGGAGCGACGUCGUCUUGGGUGUCGGAGAGUGGGAUUUGGAGGCGAGUAGAGUCGGCGAAGAGAUCAGCGAGCUGUUUCGGUGGGUGUCAGGGGUAUGACUUCGUAAAUAUGCAGCAAUAUUUAGGAUUAAAAAGGGAAAUUAAAAUACGCAGAAUUUUUUUCCCAGUCUAGCUUUUGCUGUUUUAGCUCCUAUUUUUUGUCCGAGUAUUAAAUUUGAUGCAAAAAAUUUGUCACAAUUAUGGCAACUAUGGAUUGUGGAAUGUGAAUUUUGUAAAGUCUUGGAGAGGA